ACGGUCGUCGCUGCGGCCGUCCAUGUCGUCCUGUUUCGUUGCCAAAUGAAGAGCUGCGAGGGGAAGUUGAAAGUGGUUGUUUGUGCAUGCCGCAAGCUGAUGGCGCUGCCGGCGACUGGCGAUGGCUUCGACAUUGGUGCCAUUUCGAACGCCAUCCUGCAGGUGUGCUACGCGAUGGGGUGCGGCGCAUUUCCACGGGCGACUCCAAGGUGGUGGAUGAAGCAACGAACGGGGGGUAUCGGCGGCAAUGUGAUGACGCCACAGUAGAUUACUUCAAGGAGGGGCUGCAAAUGUCACCACAUGUUUUCCACGAGAUCGCGGAAACUCUUUCUCCAUACCUGCAAUGCUGUGUGACGUUCUACGGGGUGCCGUUGCAGCCAGACCAAAUCGCCGCGUACGCUCUGUGUAGGUGGGCGUCGGGGGAGACACAUGACAGCGGGACGUGCAGCUUCCACAUUGGUAGGUCUUCCGGCUUGACGGCGGUGCGGGACGUGACUGUUGUGUUGCUGAACUCGUACCCCGACAAGAUAUCCUGGCCCACUGGUUCGCAAAAGGCGGUCAUCUUGCGCGCAUUCGCCGACAACGGUUUUCUGAACUGCCAUGGGUGCAUCGACUGCACCCACAUCUACAUCGACAAGCCCGCCAAUGCCAACGGCGAGGACUACUAUGACAGGAAAUGUCGAUUCUCCGUCCAGACGCAAGUGGUCGUUGAUAUGAACUUGCACAUGCUGGAUGUGUUUAUCAGUUAUCCGGGAAGUUGCCACGACGUAAGGAUCGUCCACCUGUCGAGUUUAUGGGCGCGCGUGGAGGCAGGGGAGCUUUUCAUUGGGCCAUCUGUCAUGCUGCCUUUAGGUGUGCGGACGAACGGGUACUUGCUGGGUGACAAUGGUUAUCCCACCUCCGAGUGGAUAGUCGUCCCGUACGACGGUCUCGCGCAACACCCGUAUGAGGCACACUUCGACAACAAACAGAAGAUGGCGAGGGGAGAAGUAGAGUGGGCAUUUGGCAGACUGAAGGGGAUGUGGAGGUUGUUCUUCCGCACCCACAAGCGCAACAUGGACACCGUGGCGCAGCAUUUUUUCGUCGUCUGCAUCCUGCACAACAUAUUGAUCGACGCAGGCAUUCCGUUUGACGACAAUCUGUUGUGGGAGGUGGGUCCGGACGGCGUGCGUCGUAGAGUUGAUCUUGGGAUACAUAGGCCAUUAAGGCCGGUGUGCAUGGAGUCAUCAACGGAGGAUGCGCUACUCUUUAGGGACGCGCUGGCGGAUUGAAUGAGUGCACAGUGAGGAUGGCCAUGCGUGCAUGUCGAGACCCCGUGAUCACCCACAU